AGCACAGAACUUCUUCGUAUAACUUCUCGUAUAUUAUUUUCCCCUCUACUUCAUGUUGUACUCCUGUACAUUUUCAUGUAUGUACACCCCUGUGUGUCCCUCGGUGGAGCCUUUUCUCGUGCUUGUUUCCUGAAUCCUAAUCUUCAUCUUUUCUAGUCUUCGGGCUGAAUCAAAUUCAUUAUGAAUAAGUAUCAGGAAAAGCAUUAAUCUGCUUGCUAUUCUUUCACAGUACGGAUAAGGAUAACGUUUUCAUAUCAAUCAAUAUCUCUUCUAUUCAGCACCUCAGAAAAAUGUCAGCGUGUACGUCAGAGCGUGUGAUUUAUCGUGAGGAAAACCCUGAUCCAGGGCUGGUGGUCUUGGCAACCCUAUUAUGCACUGCGCUUGUCGUCGCGUCCUCUUAUCUGGCCUACCUCUACUAUGAACGUCAGAUGGCCGCGAAACAAGAAGCGGGAGGGGCCGCUGAGGGUGAUCUCGAACUAUGGGGAAAAGGAUUACAAGGCCAAUGGCAAACGCAAGGAGACCAAGCUCGCGAGUGGGAUGCAAAUCCUUACCAAGCAGCGGGAUAUGGUAAAAUCUAUAAUGAUAAAUUCAAUUUGUUCAUUUGGAAUUUACCAGGAGACUUUAUAUUCAUGAUGAUUCAACAAGUACAAGUUGUUAGUUUACUACAGACUAGAACUUCUGAUGUUAUUCACAACGCAUUAGAAUUAUCAAGUUCUCGUAAAAAAAAUUGAGAUUUGCUUAGAUCUGUCUUAUUCUGGUCCCCUGCAGACACGAUUGUACUGGAAGUGCAAGACGUAGUAUCGUACUUCUUCUUCUUUCUCCUUCGUGGAAAUUUCAUUUUGCUAUUCUCAUCACAAUUUCGAGGAUCAUGGACCAAAUAAUGAAAAAUACAUAUACAAUCAGCACUUCCAUAUUCUCCUCCUCUACACAUGCGUCCUCAUGAAAUCAGCGCAAAAGGGUACCCCAGCUCGUCGGGCAGCCACUGCAGUCGCCGGAAAGGGUGGUGGUCCUGCUCCUCGCGCAAGUUCACCUGGUGGCAAGAGUGGCAGUCCUGGCCAGCAAGGUCAGUCCAUGGUAGGAGCAGCAAACAAGAUAAAAAUGGCAAUGUCAAUGAAUUCGCUUCCUCCUGGAAAAAAGGGUAAACCUUCACCGACUACAUCAAGAGACGCUAGUCCUGCUAGUCGCAAAGGAAAAGGUGAUCCUUUGGAUACGAAAGGUGGUGGAAAAUCUCCAUCAUUUUUUGGCAAGGACAGUGCCGCUAUGGGUACGGCUGGAGGUCCUAGAUCCUACGGAAAGAUGCCAGGCAAAGGACCAAUGAAGGAGGGCUCGCCAGAGCACGAUAAGGUUAAGGGCCUAAAAAAAGGCGAAAAGGGUCUUGGAGUUGAAGCAGAAGGAAAAGGGAUGAAAAAGGCUAUGAUGAAAAAGCCGUCGAAGCACUAGAAAGUCAACAAGAAUAGUUCGUGAUAUAAAUACCGAUACCCUGCUGGAGAAGUGCGGGACCAGGAGGCGGCAGCAGAAGGACAUUGAAUGAAAAAGGCUAUGAUGAAAAAGCUGUCGAAGCACUAGAAAGUCAACAAGAACAGUUGGUAAUACAGAUACCGCGCUGGAGAAGUGCAGGACCAGGAGGAGUUCGUAUUUCAUCGUCAUCCUGUAAAACGAAAUGGGUUUUGGUUUUGCUCUUCAACAUUCUACCCUAGGGGUCCUCGGUAGGAAUUGUAUGUCCAAAUUUUCCUUAUUUCAUAGUCUUCAUACCAUCAAUGGAGUUCUAGCGUUCCGAUUUUCAGGUAGGCAAAGGAAAGUAUUUAUAUAGUCUUUAGUCUAAAGACUAUAUAAAUAUGAUGAUCUGACCUUUCGCUUCUUCGAGCGUACGAUGAAGAUCAUAGUCACCAUCUUACUAAGUACGCUGUGGUGUUAAUUGUUUGAUUUGGUAUGAAUAUCUUUGAUUUUGAAUUAGUCGAAUGAAAACGAGUAAUGGAACUGAGACGCCCACAGGGGUUGCGUAGACGACGAAUUAUUUCCUAGGCUUACUUUGGUAUAAUUGAUGCUUCGAUUAUUAUUGACGGCUUCAAGGCUCUUUUUCUGCAUGUGGUUGGAAACUCUUCCUCAUAUUUAUAUU